AUGCCGCAAACUCGUGUAAAGUCCAGGGACACUCUGGGCAUUGACCUAGACGAUGGGCGUGUCUUGUUCCUCCCUGGAGGCACCAUCACCGGCACAAUCUUCCGACAGCAAACAAUAAUUUCAACGGAAGCAACCAUCAGUCUCGUACUUCGUGGACGAACUAAAUCAAUUUUUUUAGUGAGCACCGGCCAGACCACUGUCGUCUAUCGCGGCCGGUUCACGCUCAUCAAUGUUUCGCAAGAAAUAUUUUCUGGCCCUCUACAUAUCCCCAAGGACAGCCAUAAGCGGCGAGAAUGGAAAUUCACGGUAGAAAUACCACAGAAGAUUGAUCCCAGUCUCUUACCCAAAUAUAAAGCACAUGAGUCAUUCAUAGAUCCAGAAAUAGUCGACACGUUGACCCUUCCAGCUUCAUUCGUCAGCCUCCAUGGAGCGGACCAAGCCUUUAUUGAGUACUACCUAGAGGCCAAAAUCAGGUUUCAAAAAGAGCGGUCAUGGGUCGAGGAGACUGCAAAAAUGCCCAUCCGCAUGCUGGCCCAUUCUCAUCCACCAACCCAUCCCGCUUCGGCCUCCUUCCUGAGCAUCCCGAGAUCCGUAUCGUCGCAAAGGCUUCUACCCGGCAUGGAGAACGCUCAUCUGACUGCUGGACAAAGAUUUAAGAAGCUUCUGGGCGCGCCCUCAGUGCCAGAGCUGGCAUUUCACCUGGAGCUGGAAAUCCCAAACGAAAUCCAUGUGGAUCAACGCCCAGUCUCAAUCACGAUGCGAGCAGUGCCUUACUGGCCGUCGACACACGAAGCCCUUAAGAACCAGCCGCAGAAGGUUCGCCUGAUCAACUUCAAAGCUACAUUGGAGUCGCGCUGUGCCAUCCUCUGCGAAGGGUAUUCCUGGGCAAUCAGUAAAACCAGCUGGAAAGAGAAGGCGGUUUUGUCAACACCCAGUCAGAGUCUAGCCACCGCUAUCGAGAUUCCCUUCUCCUCUGAUGAGCCGGCGAUAAAUAUCGGCCAAGCACUUGACUUGUGGGUGGAGAGUGAGGGCAAAAAUAGUGCAGUGUUUCAAGACUUUACGACGUUCAACAUCACUCUGAAACACAAGCUGUACUGGGCCGCGAAAAUUGAGAUUGCGCAGGAGACUAUUUCUUUCAAUGGAGUUCAGAAUAUUGUAGUUCAACCACCGAUUGACGGCGCCUCCGCGCCUGAAUACAUUGAAUCAGAACCCCUACCCGAAUAUGAAACAGAUACUUCGAUAGACGCAGCUGACCAAAAGGGGAAACCACCCAGCUUUGAAGAGGCACAAGGAAUCGAAGUGAAGCACAAGAAUAGCAGCCAUGACAAAGGACAUUGA